AGGAGCUGCCCAGCACGGGCAGGGUUAAAGCGCCAUGUAACCGGAGCGCGGGGCUGUCGGGGGCCGGCCGGGGCGCGGGCGGUGGCGAGCGGUGGCGCGGCCCCGCUGGACGGUGCGUCCCGCCGCGGUGCAGGAAAGCAGCCUCCGGCCGGCGCCUCCGGCGUGAAGUUCCCCGGAGGCUGGGAACAGAGGGACGGGGGUGGCCGGAGCCGGGGCGCGGGCAGCUGCCGGACACCGGCCCCGCCGGCAGGUACCGACCCGCGGGGAGCUCUGCCGGCAUCCUCCUCCUCCCGAGCCCGGGGAGAAGCUCCGGUGGAGGGAAACGAUGAAGCAGUGACCGCUCUGGACAGAGGACCUGCCACUGCUGAGCGAGACCCACCUGCACGACGGCGGAGCCCCCGCAGCCCCAGCCCUGCCCGCGUCGGGCACGUCCCUGGGCAGGGGGCUCGGGCGAGCCAGCGUGGCUCAGCUCGGCGGGACGGGACCGAGAUGAGCAUGGUAAAGAGCCUAGAGCGGCUGGAGCAGCGGCUGGCUGUGAUGGUGGCUGCCCAGGAGACUUCUCAGGCCUGGUCUUCACUGGGAGAGGAGGGGCCGGCAACCAUGAAAAACGAUAAGAACCACGGCCGGGAUGCAGCAGACUGCAGGGCAGAGCUGAUCCUCAUCAACGGGGACUGCACCAGUUCCGCUAACAGUACGCCUGCCCUUCUUCUGGAGGCCAAUGGCAAACCCAGCACUCCCGAUGCCGGGGCCCUGGGGCUGCCGGCCCUGAAGAGCAGCAGGAGGGACAGCAAGGGAGAGCUCGCCAAGGAGGACCUGGCCUGGCCGCUGGCCCUGGCGGGCACGCAGGAGGUGCGGCCCCGGGGCAGCGCGGGCUGGGAGAGCAGCCUCCGGCAGAAGCCCCCCGUCCGACUCAUCUUCCAGGCGGGGCAGACCCGGCACGAGAUGAGGAUCAAGGAACCAAACAGCGUGGAGAUGCUCAGGGACCUGCCGGCUCCCCUGCGGAGCUCCAAGCGACGCUCAGCUGCAUCCGUGCCCGUGACCAUCGACCUGACAGAGGAGGACUCGCAGGAUUCGUCCCGCAGCAGCAGCACGAUCUCGGGCAGUAGCUCCCAGGAAGGGCCCAAUGGCUCUGCCGAGCUGGGGACUGAGGAGCCAGAGAGCAGAGACGCGAGGAUGGACCAAGAGUACCAGGAUGGGAAGGAAUUUGGAAUUGGGGAGCUCGUCUGGGGAAAGAUCAAAGGUUUCUCCUGGUGGCCUGCAAUCGUUGUCUCCUACAGAGCCACGGCCAAGCGCCAGGCCGUCUCGGGCAUGCGCUGGGUGCAGUGGUUUGGAGACGGGAAAUUCUCUGAGGUUUCUGCAGACAAGCUGGUGGGGCUCAUGGCCUUUAGGCAGCAUUUCAAUUCUUCCACAUUUAACAAGCUGGUCUCCUACCGACGAGCCAUAUACCAUGCACUGGAGGUUGCCCGGAGCCGGUCGGGGAAGAUGUUUGCAGCCGCCCCUGGGGAGUCACUGGAGGAGCAGCUGAAGCCCAUGAUUGACUGGGCACUCACCGGCUUCAAACCCCUGGGCCUGAAGGGGCUGCGGCCGCCCAAAGCCUCAGAGAGUGGAGCCCUAUGGAACGGGACAGAGGAGGUGCUGUCCCUCGAGCAGUGUCCCCCCACCAAGAGGCUGAAGAGCAGCCCCUGCAACAACGGCAAGGAGCAGCGCGCGGAGGAGGACCAGAGCCGAGAGCAAAUGGUUUCCGAAGUUACAAACAACAGCGGGAGUCUCGAAGCCAGCUGUCUGUCCUGUGGGAGGAGGAACCCAGCCACCUUCCACCCGCUCUUCCAGGGGGGCCUCUGCCAGACCUGCAGGGAUAGAUUCCUGGAGCUCUUCUACAUGUAUGACGAAGAUGGCUACCAGUCCUACUGCACCGUCUGCUGCGAGGGCAAGGAGCUGCUGCUCUGCAGCAAUGCCAGCUGCUGCAGGUGCUUCUGCGUGGAGUGUCUGGAGGUGCUGGUGGGGCGAGGAACAUCGGCCAAGGCAAAGGAGCAGGAGCCCUGGAACUGCUACAUGUGCCAGCCUGCGGGGAGCUAUGGGGUUCUGCAGCGCCGACAGGACUGGAGCACCCGCCUACAGGACUUCUUCACCAGUGACAAGGGACAGGAAUACGCUGCACCCAAAAUCUACCCAACAGUCCCCCCAGCCAAGAGGAGACCGAUUCGAGUGCUCUCGUUAUUUGAUGGCAUUUCAACAGGACACGAAAAAGUGGCCACGUCGAGCUUGUCUGCUGAGGAAAGAGACCGUGAGACUAAACCAAGCCGGGCAGCCUCAGAGCUGUGUCCCUUGGCAGGGUACCUGGUGCUGAAGGACCUGGGCAUCCAGGUGGAGAAGUACAUCGCCUCAGAGAUCUGCGAGGACCCCAUCGCUGUGGGCACCAUGCGCCACGAGGGGAACAUCACCUACGUGCACGACGUCAGGAACAUAACCAAGAGAAAUAUCGAGGAGUGGGGUCCGUUUGACCUGGUGAUUGGCGGGAGCCCCUGUAACGACCCAUCCCUCGUCAGCUCAGCCAGGAAGGGGCUUUACGAAGGAACUGGGAGACUGUUCUUUGAGUUUUACCACCUGCUCAACUAUGCUCGCCCCAAGGCGGGAGAGGAGCGUCCCUUCUUCUGGAUGUUCGAGAAUGUGGUGGCCAUGAGAGUCAAUGACAAGAGGGACAUUUCUCGGUUUUUGGAGUGCAACCCGGUGAUGAUUGAUGCUAUCAAGAUAUCGGCUGCCCAUCGAGCACGCUAUUUCUGGGGCAACCUCCCGGGGAUGAACAGGAUCUUUGGCUUCCCCCUCCACUACAGCGAGGUCCCCAGCACGGGCCGCGGGGCUCGCCAGAAGCUGCUGGGGCGGUCGUGGAGCAUCCCUGUCAUCCAGCACCUCUUCUCCCCGCUCAAGGAUUACUUUGCCUGCGAGUAGCACAGAGUGUCCCUCACCUCGCUGGUAACGACGCUGCGCGGCCUCGACGGGAGGGGGACGGGCACCGCGCCGGACUCACCCCCGCACUGUCCCUCCCGCCGCACCGCGGGCUGCCCGGCCCCGCAGGGACUGCUCAGGACAUGUCCUUAACCAAAGAACCUGGCAGGGUAACUCUUCUUUCAAGGGACUAACGGCAGUGACAUGUAGAAAAUGAUGGACACUAGAGCUUUAAUUACCCAGCGCAGGAAGCUCUGUGCAUAGCUGAUGAGACGAGAAGUCUUCUCCAGAGCAUUAAGUAUUCCAUUUGAGCCUAGAGCUGGGAAGGCAGCACUCGCUGAGCAGUCAGCAUGGAGGCAGCUGCCGGCUGCUGCAGACAAACUGGAACUGGAGCGAAUUACUGCUUUUCCUAAACAAACAAAACCUCUCUUGAAGCAACUGCCAAAAAUCCCCAAACUGUAGCAGCAGGUGUAAGGGACCCUGGUCAGGUUACAUACACUGAACAUGCAGGAUACAGAAACCAAAUCUUUUUUAUUUUUAAGACUUUUUGGAUGAACUUUUAAUUUUGUUGUUUAACGUCUGUUGCUGCUUUAAGGCAUUACAUAAGAAUGUGGAGAUUCCUAGACCUGAAUGUAGCUGAAACUGAACUGUGAGGUGAUAGAAUUACUUUUGUAGCUAGAACUAAGAAAUGUUGUUUUACAUGUUUGGCUGUAGUUUACAAAUAUUCACUACUUUGUUUUUAAAGCAUCUGAAACUUUUCCUUACAUUUUAAAAUCCUGCUGAGCGGUUCAGAAGCUUACCCAGUGAUAGAGCACAGUGGAUUUGGGCUCUGGGGUUUGUAAAGGAAAAUGUUCUCUGAGCGUUCGUUGACCAAAGGGAUGCGGAGCAUCAGCAGGAGGGGCAGCGGAGCGGUCAGUGUCGUGUCUUCACAUACGGCCCCCAAAAUGUCAUGUACACUUUCACGAACCCCAGCAGUGUUGGCAGCUCUGAUGCACGUUUCAAUGCACUGACAGAACUCGUGAUGCUUCCCCCUUGGUCCCUCUGUCCUUCCUCCUUGGUCCCUCUGUCCUUCCCCCUUGGUCCCUCUGUCCCCCCCGCCACCCACUGCUCACCUGGGGCUGGCUGGGUCCUUGGGUGCCUUCUCCAGUUAACUGGGUGCAGACCCUGGGCCAGCCCUCUGCCCGCAGGCAGCCUGUCCCUCGGUGCUGUACAGCACCAGGGAAUGGACUUGCUCUCCGGGCUCCUUCUACCUCUGACCCGCGGGGACCCCAUUUUCCAUGCUCCCAGGUGCUGCUGUGUGCAGCUGCUGCCCUGUCCCCGGCUCUGGGACCAUCAUCUUCCCAGCUCCCACCCACAGCUGCACUCAGCCGGGCAGGAGGGGCAGGCCAGCUCAUUUAAAGGUUUAUUUUUCCUUGAUCCUGGCCAGAGGUUGCUCUGGGAUCUUCCAGAGGGUUCAUUCUCAAGUGAUGUUGCACAAGGAAACACAGGAGAGCCAGGUGGUCUCCUCAGCAUCACUGCUGGCAUCUGCAGCGCUCUGUGAAGGCUCAGGGACAAGGAGCAUCCUGUGCCACCUUUGUCACAAGCCCUCUGGCUGGGCAGCCGGUGGGGUGGGCUCUGCAGGUGCUGGGGACACUUGUGGCUUUGCAGCCAUCCCGGUGGGUUUGGACCCCUCGCUGCCCUCCUGUCCUCGUGCCCAGAGUCACGACACGAACCCCACAGCCCCCGGAUGGACCCGCUGUCCACCGACCACUUCAUCUCUUCAAACCAGGCUGCUGUACCCUCCGCUCCAUGGCAUCUCUGAUUUCGUACUCGAGGUCUCACAUCCUUCCCUAUCUGAUGAAAAGAAAAAUAAAUAGAAGAGGAAAAAAAAAAAAGGACUUGGGGAAAGUAAACAAAGAUAAAAGAGAAAUAAGAAUUGUCUUGGCAUUAAGCUUACUUGGUAAGAAUUGUAGUAGACAAGUCUUCCUUGACAUGUUUUUCCCUGUAAAAGCUGCCUUUUAUAAUGUGUUUAUAAAGAUGUUGUAAGGAGAGGUAGAUGUCAGAAAUGCCUUUUUAAUACUUGUUAAGGAUUUCUAACUCUCCGUGGUGCUAUUUUUUUAGGCUAAGGAUUUUUGAUGUUGAAAGUCUUGCGGGUUUUUAUACAAUCUUUUAAAAAUAAAAAGUGUAUUGUUUUGUUGAA